AUGGUUGUCAAAAGCCAAUAUGGCACGCAGGAUGCGUUCCAAGGCGAAGAGAGCAUCGUUCCGUCCCAAUCAGUCAGCAAUGUGCCCACAUCCGGGGAUGAAGAAAGUCCACUUCUUGGAGAAUCUCAAGAUACAGAGCCGACGGUGAAAACUGCAGCAAGCGUAGGAGCGAUUGUUGCAGUGCUGUUAUUAGGUGAAUUCAUUUCCAAUGCCGAUGCCACACUCGUCAUGGCCGCCGCGGGUCGCGUUUCCUCCGAUUUCAAUCGUCUCCGCGAUGCUAGUUGGUUAUCAACUGGAUACACACUGGGUCUUUGUGCUGCUCAGCCGAUGUACGGAAAAUUGAGCGAUAUCUACGGCCGCAAACCCCUUCUCCUAAUUUCUUAUUUUCUUUUUGCUUUUGGAUGCAUUGUCUGUGGUGUUGGGCCCCAGAUGUGGACGGUUAUUCUCGGCCGCGCAAUUAGCGGAAUGGGCGGAGCGGGCACGAUGAUUAUUAGCUCUGUUAUUAUCACAGAUAUUGUCCCCAGACGUGAUGUGGCAACCUGGAGAUCCUAUGUCAAUAUCUCGAUGACUCUUGGUCGCAGCCUGGGAGGUCCUGUGGGCGGGUGGCUAAGCGAUACAAUUGGAUGGAGGUGGCUCUUCCUCAUCCAGGUUCCAUUUGUCGCCUUAGCCGCAUUACUAGUCGUUGUCAAGCUUAAUAUUAGCGAGAAACCAGCCUCUAACAAAGACGGCAGGCUGUCGAAACUCGCUAAAGUGGAUUUCAUGGGAACGGCCUUCCUCGGAGGAGCGAUAAUCGCCAUCACUUCCUUGAUUGAUCAAGGAGGCAAGUCCUUCCCAUGGCGUUCAUGGAUAACAGUUGUUAUGGGCGGCGGUGGUCUGCUCCUCCUCAUCUCAUUCGUUCUUGUCGAAGCCUACGUCGCCAAAGAUCCAAUCUUCAACCUACGCAUCCUCCGAAGGCCCAACGUGGCUAUAAGCUACAUAGUCGGGUUUCUUCAGGUCAUGGCUCAACUGGGAAUGCUGUUCUCCAUCCCGCUGUACUUCCAGGUUACCCAAGGUGCUUCAACCACGGCAUCCGGUGGUCAUCUGGUUCCCACAAUCAUCGGAAACACCGUUGGAGGCAUUCUGGCGGGAUUAUACGUGAGAAAAACUGGGCGAUAUCAAUUACUUCUGAUUCUGGCUGGUUUAAUCUCGUGCAUCGCCUAUGUCCUGUUAUACUUCUUCUGGAAUGGCAACACCGGAUUCUGGGAGUCACUUUACGUUUUCCCGGGUGGAUUCGGCACUGGAAUCGCCUCGGCAGCCGGGUUUGUGGCCAUGACGGCAACUCUACCGUCAGAUGAAAUGGCAAUGGCUACUUCGGGUUAUAUGCUUUUGAUUAGUUUUGCGAUGACAGCCGGUGUUACAAUGUGCAACUCGGUUCUCGGGAUCGAGUUCGAGAGUCAGUUACGUCGGAAUGUGCAAGGGCCUGGCUCGGAGAACAUCAUCCGGCGGGCGAUGGCAGACACGGAUUAUAUUGCCCAUUUGACGGGCCAAAUUCGCGAAGUUGUUGUGGCUUGCUACUUGUCGGGCCUCAAGCAAACUUAUGUUGUAUCGUCUGUGAGCUCCCUCGCAGCCGCCUUCUUCGGACUCUUUAUCCGUAAUCAUCAACUAUAA